UGGAAGUUCAGAGCGAUGUCUCUUCAGAUUCUGGACCAUGCAAGGUUGACAAACCAUAUAAAUGUGAGAUGUUUUGGGACAGACUUCACCACAGACAGGAACCACUGAGCCGUAGAGUCUACAGUUCACUCAGAUGGAGCUGUGCUGAAGAUGUGUUGGAGCCACUUCACCUGGAACCAAAGAAUCUGGAACAAGCAGACAAGGCACCAAAUGAGAAGAUCUCUGAAGUUGAUGACAAUCUCAUUCACGAAACCCCUCCACAUUCUUCACAGGAAAAUGAGUUGGGAUCAAAGUGGCCCCAGUCAUGGAAGAGAGAGGACACGGUUCUUCGGAAACACCUAUGCCGAACAAGGCAGCACAUUCUUGCAGUGAAGCAGGGUCGUAGCUACUUUCACCUCCUUCAGAAGGAGGAACAGGAAGCGCAGGAGGAGCAGCGGAGAGAAAGACAGAGGAGAGAGGAGUUGAGACGUACCAAACUACGACCUCCCAAUCUCUCCGAUUCAGAUGAGGACAGUGAUACUGAGAGGUGGUGUGAUGUUAUGGCAACAUCCUCGCCAGGUUGGAAACCCAACAGGAGGAAAAUGCGGGCUGCUCGCCCAUUUACCCCCAUCCACAGAUCAUUGAUCUCAACACCUCCUCAUCUACUACCAGGUGAGUGUUUAUAUCGUCAGUUGUGCUGUCUGAAUUGGCUGCUGGAGGCACUGACUCUAGAACGUUCUGGAAGAGUUGGACCUGUUAUUUUCUGUUGGGAUGUCAGGGACCCUGGAACAAGCCGAACCACAAUAAAGAAGCUGAAUAAAGAAAAGGCAAUAGAGGCCAAGUGGGAGCAGUUUAUUGCCCCGCCGAAGCAGACACGGCAUCUCACAUCCAGGCCAUUACAUGUUUCUUCAGGGAGACAUGAGACCUGGAGGACCUCCACUCUCACUGUGGUUUCCUCCUCAGUAACAAGUUCAUCGGUGGGCAGCUUGCUGUCUUUGGCUCCGGCUCCAGAUCACACCUGUGAUGAGCCUAUUUACACCAAGGGCAUCGAGACUCUGAGUGUGCGAGAAUCCGAUUCUGAUCAUUCAUCGACAGAAUAUCUCCAGAAGUUUCUCGAAGAAGUGUACCAGAGUGUUCUUAAAACCUGCUGUAAUUCUGAUAAACAACUCACGUCCACUCCAGACAGUGAUAUGUCAGUCAAAGUCCAACCCGAGAGUGAGUCACAGCAAAACACAACCGGAGAGAAGACGGAGUCUCUGAGAGUGAAGAGCUCCCCUGCCAGAAUCUCUGCCACUAACCGACUCAUUCACAGCAGGGAAGCCAUAUUGGGUGUGAAAAAGGCGUCUUUUGUGGACAUAGCAGAAGAGUUAACACUUAAUUUAUCUGAUGCUCUAAAUCGCUGUGCCAAGAAGAGAUGGGAUUUUGGGGCCAAGAGAUACGGGUCUCUUUGUAACAUGCUAUCCCGAGGACGAACCUGUUCUGCUGUGACCUCCAAAACCUCUGUGGUCUCUCCAGCAGUGCCAGACUCCAACAUCCCAAACAGCACUGAGGAUCCAUACAGCACUCAGUGGCUCUCAGCGUUGCUCAGUAAUCUGGCUCCCGUCAAACACUCAGACGGGAGGGUGGCACGUUUGUUAGAGAAGCUGAGUCGAUUUACAGAAGGCCACACACAGCAGCUUCACCCACACAACUUCUUGAAGAUCUUAAACUCCCUCCAGCCGUGGGAGCUCUGCUGUCCUGAUCUGUGUGUGGCUAUAGAGAUAGUGAGGCUGAAUGUGGUAAAGAUGCCCAAAGCAGAGUAUGACUUGUGGUUAUACAACAGAGUCAGCCAAUCACAGACCACCAGGAGUGCUACACACAACCUGUAAUCCAUUCUCUCUUUUGCCUUUUUGCAUUUUUUAAAGCUGUGAUUUCAGUAAUAUGUCACCCGAAAAUCAAGAGUAAAAAUAAUAAAUAUUUUAAUAUAAUAUUAUAAUAUAGAAAUAUAAGGUGUACAAUGUUUCUUAUAGUAAAAUACAAGUUCUUAUGUAGUUAUUUAGUUUAUUCAGUUAAUUUCAACAAUUCAUUCUAUUAUUAUUAAUUUCCUUUUCCUUUUACAAA